GUUUUGUGGAAGGUGAACAACAGCACACGCACGCACGCUGCAUCCAGACCCGACUUGCGCAUCACGCACACACACGCGCGCGCUGACCAACACACACACGCACACGCACACGAGCCACGAUGUCGGCGAUCAUCCCAGAUGAGCCAAGCUUCCCCCGUGGGGGAGCUCAGGCGCUCUCUGCACUCGAACGGCGUCAAAUCCGCGAGCAAGCGAAGAAGGACGUCGAGAAAGAGCUGAGCGCUGGUGCGGACAUCAGCGCACUCGGCCGCAAGCCCAUCACCAUUCCCAAGGGCAAGGACACAGACAAGAAGAAAAAGAAGCAAGCCGAUGCUUCCAAGAAGAAGAAGACAACAAAGGCGGCAGCCAAGACGCAGGCGAAUGACACUCCCCCACCCGUUGCCUCGCCCAUCUCCUUCAAGCGCCUGAAGGAGACAGCGUCAGUCGUCGGCGUUGUUCACGAGCUGCAGGACUUCAAGGCCAAGAUUGCGCUCGGCAACGGGCUGUUUGGCAUGCUGCACCUCAGCGACGUGUCGCCAUACUACACCGACUUUCUCAAGUCCAAGGCCAUGGAGGAGGAUGAGAGUGACAGCGACAGUGACAGCGAUGAUGAUGACGACGAAGACAAGAAAGACAAGAAGGAAGAAGUUGUCACCUUCCGCCGCCUCUUCUCUGUUGGACAGCAGAUUGUGUGUCGGGUGAAGUCCACCGAGCUCAAGAACAACCGCCCCAUCAUCAACCUCACCGUCAACCCCACCGCCAUCAACAAAGGCCUCGAAACCGCAGCCCUCGUGAAGGGCCGCGUGGUGGCUGCGUGCGUCAAGAGCAUUGAGGAGCACGGAUAUGUGCUUGACCUUGGCGUGGGCCACGCCACAGGCUUUCUCUCCACCAACAACGCAAAGCCCCUCUGCGAAAAGCUGGGCACGAAGUCCCUGGUCCCCGGCCACCCGCUCCUCGUCGCCCUCACCACCACCGUCAAGGGCGGCCGCGCAGCCAAGGUGAUUGCGGCGCCAUCUGAGGUGGCCGCCACCAAGCUGACGGAUGAAGAAGUGACAUUGAAGCAGCUGCGCGCCGGUCUCCUUGUGGACGCCAAAGUGAAGGCCCACACCCGCUCGGGCCUCAUUGCGAGCGCCCUCGGCUUUGAUGCAAACGUGCACUACUACCACCUGCCACACGUUUCUGGUGGGGAUGUGCAGAAGAGGCUGAAGACGGCCUAUCCGGAGGGCAGCGUGGUGCCGGCUCGCAUCAUCUUCUCAAACCCGGCCGCGUCCUCCCUCAACCUCUCGCUGCUCCCCGCGCACAUCAGCAUGAGGGGCAGUGCCGCUGGCACCGGCGCCACGCUGGGCGCCAUCGUGGAGACUGCAACGGUGCUUCGUACAGACGGGCGGGGCGGCGCUGUCCUUGACCUUGGCGCCGCUGGCCAAGGGUUUGUCGCGCCAUCGCGCGUCAGCGACAAGAAGUCUGACGCCAGCCUGAAGAAGCUCAAACCAGGCAGCGUACACCGCGCACGCAUCAUCUCUGUUCAUCCGAUGGACAACAUUGUCGCCGUCUCUCUCCAGAAGAGCGUCCUCGACCUCCCGUACUACAGAUACGAGGACAUUCCCGCGGGCGCGGUGGUGGAAGCGACAGUGGAGUCGCUGGAGGAGUAUGGUGCUCUCGUUCGCCUCUCAGACACUAUCAGGGGCCUGGUCCCCGCGCUGCACUUUGCGGACGUGACACUGCGCAAGCCCGCAGUCAAGUUCCACCCCGGCGCCAAAGUCAAGUGCCGCGUUCUCAGCAACAUCGUCACCAGCAAGGGCAAGCGCCGUCUCGCUUUCACCUGCAAGAAGACGCUGGUUGAGAGCGACCUGCCUGUCAUUGCAUCUGCUGCCAGCGCCCGUCGCGGCAUGCUCGCCCACGGCUUCAUCGACUCCAUCCGCCCCUUUGGAUGCAUUGUCCGCUUCUACAACAACGUGAAGGGCCUGGUGCCGCUGAAGGAGCUGAGCGCGACGGAGAAGAUCAAGGACGCUAGCGCAUACUUCAAGGAGGGCCAGGUUGUCAAGUGCCGCGUCGUGCAGACAGACCAAGCCAAGCGCCGCAUUGGCCUCAGCUUCAUCCACACCGCUCUCAGUGAGGACGACAUCAACAAGCAGCGCGACACCGUCACUGCGCUGAGCCCCGGCAGCAUUGUCACCGCCGUCAUUGACAGCGUGCAGACAUCCGGCCUCAACGUGCACUUGAAGGAGAACCCGCUCGUGCGCGUGACCAUCGACAGCAUGCAUCUGACCGACCACCCGUCGCUCGCCCCGCAGAUGGCGUCGUGCUUCACGGAGGGGCAGAAGAUCACUGCUGUCGUCAUCUGGAAACGCAACCGUAACGUCUCCCUCUCCCUCAAGCCGUCUCUCAUGGUGCAGGCGAAGGAGGCCGUGGUUGCCAGCAAGGACGAGCUGAAGGAGGGUGAGCAGCACUUUGGCUACAUCUCCUCGUCCACCCGCACCAUGUCCUUUGUCAACCUCAUUGGCUCUGUGAGCGGCAUGUGCCCGAUCAGGGAGGCGAGCAGCGGGUAUGUGCGCUCCAUGGAGUCGUACUUUUCGCCAAACCAGACGGUGUGUGCACGCGUGCACGCCAUCAAGGACGGCAAGGUCGACUUCUCCUUCAAGAGCGCACAGCUCUCCCCACAGCAGGAGGCCAGCUUCAUCCAGUCGUACUUUGCUGAUCUUGAGCGCAUUGCCGUCAGCAGCCGCUCCGAUGUGCUGAAAUACAAGGCGGGCGACGUGGUGAGCGCCGUUGUCAAGGACAUUAAGGACUACGGCAUCACUGUCGUGACGGACGACGGCUGCACGGGAUUCAUCUCGUCCGCCCAGGCAAAGGGCGUUCCCCUGGAGACGGACGGGAAGGUUGAAGCCGUGGUGCUUGACGUGGACACGGCCAAGUCUGUGCUCGAUCUCGGCGUGCGGCCGUCGCUUGUUGCCGGGGCGAAGAAGGUGCUGGGCGGUGCAGGCGAGAAGAAGAAGAGUAAGAAGAAGGGCAAGAAGGGCAAGAAGGGCAAGCAGCAACAGGACGAUGAGGAUGAUGAGGACAAACCCGUUGAAAAGCUGUCGCAGGAACAGGAGGCCGAUGCCACCAUCGAACUCGUCAAGGAGGACUACAUGGUGCUGUCUGUGGGCGAUGGUCGGCUCGUUGUUGCUGCGUGCAAGUCGUACAACGACCGCGAAUCGCCCUUCCGCAAGCACUUUCCAGGCAACGGCGCAAGGGUGAAGGUGCUCGCGCUGGACGAGAAGCACACCUUUGUGCAGGUGUUGGCGGAGGACAACAAGGGCAAGGGGAAGGACGCCAAGAAGCAGGCAAAGAAGGCCGACGCAGAUAAGAAGCAGGUGGCUGCACUGUCGCCAGCGUCUGAUGCGACAAUGGGCGCCAUCAUUAAGGCGAAGAUCAGCGCCAUCCACAAAGCGCAGCUCAACCUCAAGUUGGCUGGAGGUGGCCGAGGCCGCGUGCACAUCACGGAGGUUGAGCAACCGCAGGAGGACGGGGCCAAGUCGUUUGACCCCUUCACCAAGAACCAGGUUGUCGAGUGCCGCGUGAUUGGUUACCGCGACGCGAAGAACCACAACUUCCUCCCCAUCACACACACCAACUUCACCAGCACCAUCGUUGAGGCCAGCAUGCGCGCACAAGACCUCUCAAAGUCAAAGAAGAAGGUCGUGCCGCGGCUGACAGCUGAUCAGGUGCAAGUUGGACAGAAGCUCCUCGGCGUUGUCGGCGCUGUCGAGCCAAACCGCAUGUGGAUCGACAUCUCCAUCCACCUCAGCGGCCGCGUCUCCCUCCAAAAUGCCCAGCCACUCAACGGCGAUAUGCUUAAGUCGCUGCAGGACAUGUACGAGCCGGGCAGCCCAAUCACAACAUGGGUUGUUGCAGUGAAAAACGGCAAGGUUGAACUCUCCACCAUCGACCCAGCUACGCAAGAGGAGCAGGAGAACAAGGAGAUAACAACGGGGCGUGUGCACACAAAGGGUUCCAUUCACCUCAUUGUUCGGCUCGGGCGUGGCAAGAAGGGCCGUGUUCACAUCUGUGAUGUUGAUGACAAAUUCCACGCCGACCCAUUCCAGCGAUUUGCGCUGCACGAACUGGUGAAGGUGAAGAAGGUUGAAGCGCCAAAGCACUCGCACCGCAACGAGCAGCAGCACAAGGCAGACUGCCAGCUCUCCAUGCGCCCCUCGGAGAUUGACACGAGCACAGCAGCGCCACGCGACCCCAUCAUCGCCUCCGCCGCAGAUGUCAAGCAGGACCAGAUUGUUCGCGGUUACGUGUGCAACGUCACUGACAACGGCGUCUUUGUUGCCCUGUCGCGCCACGUCUCUGCGCGAGUGAAGAUUGCCAACCUGAGCGAUUUGUUCAUCAAGGACUUUACCAAGGUCUUCAAACCCGGCCAGCUGGUCAAGGGCAAGGUCCUCUUUGUCACCGACGACGGAAAGAUCGAACUCACACUCAAGCGGAGCGCGGUCAACCCUCGCGAGAGCAAGCCUGUGCGCUACAACGACCUGAAAAUUGGGCAGAUUGUGGCUGGCGUUAUCAAGCGCGUGGAGUCGUUUGGUGUCUUUGUCACCAUUGACAACUCAAAACUCAGCGGUCUUGCCCACAUCAGCGAAUGUGCCGACGCAAAGAUUGAUAACCUGGACGCGGUGUACAACGUGGGCGAUGCCGUCAAGGCGAAGAUCUUGCGACUGAACAAAGAGAAGAAACGCAUCUCGCUGACGCUCAAGCCAUCUGCUGUGGAAGGAAAGCAGAGCACGGGCGAGGAUGAUGAGGAGAGCGGUGAGCCCAAGGCAAAGAAGGCGAAGCGCGCAAAGAAGGCAGAGAAGAAGCAAGCAGAGGAGGACAAGGCAGACAACAGCGGAGACAAGACAGAAGAGGAGCAAGGCGCACCUGCUGGUGAUGACGAUGAUGACGACGAAGAGUAUCUGGACACAACCAAGGUUGCUGACAAGAGCAAGCGGCUGGUUGUGCUGCAGCCAACGCAGAUGGCUGAGGAGAGCGAUGAGGAGGAGGAGGAUGAUGACGAGGACUUUGUUGGUCGCAGCGAGGGCGGAUACACAGACGCGAGCGACGCCGCAAAGGCUGCUGCGAUGGCGAAGAAGGCGCAGCCGCUUGCUGUUGAGGGCGACAGCGUGUGGGCGGACGAUGUGGACGGCACCAUUGACUCGCUCCUCUUUGGCGAUGCAAACGACGACGAUGACGAUGAGGAGGACGAUGAUGAGUUGCAGGAUGGCCCACUGUCCAAGCGCGCAAAGCACGCCGCCAAGAAGCAGCGCGAAGCGGAAACGAGGCGAAAGGAAGAGGAGAAGGUGGCUGGCAAGAAGGAGCCACAGACACCCAUGGACUUUGACCGCCUUGUCCUGCAGGCGCCAAACAGCUCGUAUGCGUGGAUCCGCUACAUGGCAUACUACCUCAAGUUGACGGAGCUCGACAAGGCCCGCGCAGUUGGCAAGCGCGCCCUCAGCACCAUCAACUUCCGCGAGGAGAAAGAGCGGAUGAACGUGUGGGUUGCGCUGCUCAACCUUGAGAACGCGUACGGCACGCCCGCCACACUCAACAACGUCUUCACAGAGGCGUGUCGCCAAAUGGAUCCACAGCGCAUGUACUUCCACCUCGUGUCCAUCUACGAGCGUUCGCACAAGUUCAGGGAGGCCGACGAGCUCUUCCAGGUGAUGUGCAAGAAGUUCAACAAGGUGCAACGUGUGUGGUUGCGGUUUGCCGAGUUCAAGUUCAAGCGAGGGAGGAGCAAGGAGGCGCGACAAGUGCUUGAGCGCAGCCUGAAGAGCCUGCCUCGCCCAGACCACGUGGACACGAUUGUCAAGUUUGGCAUUUUGGAGUUUAAGCAGGGCGACGUUGAGCGCGCCCGCACCAUCUUCGAGAAUGUGCUGUCCAACUAUCCGAAGCGCGUUGACCUGUGGAGCAUCUACCUUGACCAGGAGCAGCGUGUUGGCGACAAGGGCGUGAUUCGCGCGCUGUUUGAGCGGGUCAUCACGCUCAACCUCUCCAGCAAGAAGAUGCGGUUCUUUUUCAAGCGCUACCUCGACUUUGAGAAGGAGCAUGGUGACGCUGGCCAUGUUGAGCAUGUCAAGGAGAAGGCGCGCGAAUACGUCGCCUCAAAGUCCGCAUAGGCUUCGUGUGUCUCUGUGUCUCUGUGUCUGUGUGUCUGUGUGUCUGUGUGUGUGGCAGUUUGGUUCACAUUGCUUGUGGUGUAGCUGAGAUGAUGCGUUUUGAGAUGAGUUUUGGGGGGGGGGGGACAUGGAAUGCUCAAUGCUGGUGUGGUGUGCUCUGUGUGUGUGUGUGCUCUGUGUGUGUGUGUGUGUGUGUGUGUGUGUGUGUGUGUGUGUGUGUGUGUGUGUGUGUGUGUGUGUGCAUCGAUGAUCGAUUGAUUGAAGUGAACUUCUUCCUCCA